AUGUCUACCCAAACCGUCCGCACCCGCCUUGUCAUUCUCUCCGACACCCAUACCGCCUCUCCCCUUCCUCCCUCCGACCCCACCCAUGCGUACCGCCUUCCCCUCCCCAAAGCCGACGUCCUCCUCCAUGCCGGCGACAUCACCAAAGUCGGCUACCUCUCCGAAUACCAAGCCAUGUUCGACAUGCUCAAGGCAGCUCCUGCAGAGCUCAAGCUAGUAAUACCCGGCAACCAUGAUAUUACGCUGCAUGAGGAGUUCUACGUUAGGGGGACGGGCAAGGAUAAGCAUACCAGGGCUGCUUGGGGCAUGGAGGAUGUGCAGAAGAUUAGGGAUAUGUGGAUGGGCGAAGAGGCGAAGAUGGCGGGGAUUGUGUAUUUGGAGGAGGGGGUUAGGACGUUUGAGUUGAGGAGUGGGGCGAGAUUUACAGUCUACAGCUCUCCAUGGCAGCCUGAGUUCUACGAUUGGGCUUUCACCUAUCCUCGCCAAGUCGAUCGCUUCAACCCCAGUCCACCAGUCGUCAAAGACAAGACUGCAAAUCCUGUUCCUAACCACCCCGAAAUCGACAUCAUGCUCACUCAUGGCCCGCCCAAAGGUAUUUUAGAUGAAACAGACAGGGGUGAAUUAGUUGGCUGUGACCACUUGUCAAGAGCUGUCAGGAGGUGCAAGCCUCGCCUUCACUGUUUUGGCCAUAUUCAUGAAGGCUGGGGUGCUGGAAGAAUUGAUUGGAGAACGAAAUCAUUUGAACAAGUGAAAACUAUUAAGUUGCAGGUGUUUGAGGACCGAUGUGCCAGCGUAGAUAUUGGUGAAGCUGGAGACAAGCCUCUGAAAUGGGGUCAAGAAACACUUUUUGUUAAUGCUUCGAUUAUGGAUGUGAGCUAUAAUCCUACCAACGCACCAUGGGUCGUAGACAUCGACCUGCCCAAGAAGCAAGACAACAAUUGA